AUGGAAAGCGCUGGUGAUCUACCGCAGCCGCAAGAAGGCAUGUCGGAACCGUCGCCGGCUCCCACUGUGUACGAGGGGAUGUCCGCCGACGAGCUGUACGAGUUGGGCAAGCGUAACUUCAAGGAGCUGCGGGACUACGCGGAGGCCGCCGAGUGCUUCUCGCGUUGUUUGGAGUUGAGGAGCUCUGGGAACCCAUUGGACCACCAGCUGCGUGAGUGCUACCUGUGGUACGCGGAUUCCCUGCUGACCAAAGAGGAAGAGAGCCAGGCCAUGUUCCCAUCCGAUAUUGACGCAGGAACUGAGAGCGACCUUCCAACUGCGGAGAGCGUGUUGAAGGCCGCCACCGAGGAGGCGAGCGACGAAACGCUGGCCUUCGAGGCGUUCCAGAUCGCCCACGCAUGCUACAGCGACUUCUUGAGCAGCUGCACGCUGCAGGGCGCCGAGCUGGAGAAGGAGGUGCUGGACGCAUCGUACUGCCUCGUGCGGCUGGGUGACAUGUUCUUCACCAACAACCAGUUCAAGGAGGCCGCUGAGGAGUACGAGCGCGCCGUGGAGCUGCGCCGCAAGUACCACUUGGGCGAGCGCCACCUUGCGUCGCUGUACGUGUCGUUGGCGCAGUGCCAGAUGUUCAGCGGGAACUUGAGCGUGUCGCUGGGCACGUUCAACAUGGUGAAGGAGCUGCUUGGGCGGCUUCUCGUGGGCGAGCUGGCCGAGGAUGAACGCCAGCGUAUGCAAGACACCCUGGAGGACGUCGACCUGCAGAUCAACGACCUGCGUAAGCUGAUCGACUCGACGCCUGCGCAAACAGCCCGUCCUGGCAGCCAGUGCGAGGCAGCAUCUCUUGUGCCACAGACCACGGACACUUUCGACGAGCGUACUCUAGACACCGCUUCGAAGUCCGCCGUAAUAAACGUCUCGGAGAAUACGACGGGUUCCAAGCGUCGCAUCGACAUUUCUGGGAUGUACAAAUGA